GCGGCGCAGCUCGGGGCGACCGGAACCCGCUGCGCUUUAACGAGCGCGCCCUGCGCGCCGUGUCCCUGCCGCCGCGCCGUAGCGGCCGUCGCUGAUUGGCCGCCUGCGCGGGGCCGGGCGCGCGUAGCGGCGGCUUACCAAGAAAAACCAAGAUGAGUCUACGAAAACAGACUCCUAGUGACUUCCUGAAACAGAUCAUUGGAAGGCCAGUUGUUGUAAAAUUGAAUUCCGGUGUCGAUUACCGAGGUGUCCUGGCUUGCCUGGAUGGGUAUAUGAACAUAGCUCUGGAACAGACAGAAGAAUAUGUAAAUGGACAAUUAAAGAACAAGUAUGGGGAUGCGUUUAUCCGAGGAAAUAAUGUAUUGUACAUAAGCACACAGAAAAGAAGGAUGUGAAGAUGCCAGAAGGAGGCUCUUCUGUAUUUGUGACUCUCUCCAAAUGGAUGAAACCUAUUUCAUUUGUAGUUUAUCAUUCACAGGUGACAUAUUCAAGUGCUUAUUUUUUUUAAAAUAAAUGUAAAACAAUGUAAGCUUCCUGAAUAUUUUUGUUUGAAAAUAUUGUUUUGUUCUGCUGCACAGAAAUAAAAAUGAAGCAUGCAAGAAUGUCACAAGACUAAUUCAAAGCACCAGCUCGUUUGGUUACACUAACAGUCACAGCAAAACUAAUCGGUAGGUAAGCAGGUGUAGAAGAACUGCAUGUUGCAGCUGUGUAGUCAUGGCAAAAGAGGGGUUUAAGUAAUGCUGGGAAGGGAGAAGCAUUUGGUGACAGUGACCUGGCCCUGUCAGAAAACACAGUUAGUUUCAAAUACCAAACUGCAGUAAGAGUCACUGGGUAGAAAAGUCAGCUGCUGCCUGUUAAAUUACCCAAAACGUCUUGAACGGUGGGACUGCAAUGAAGGGAUGGAACAGUGACACUUCAACAGUGAGGGGUGGGGAAUGAAAUGGAAGAAAAGCCCUGAGGGGCAGCACUGCCCCGCUGUGGAAGUCAGUCACCAGUGAAAAGCUCUCUGCUGGUGCCCCAGCACAACCUGCAGCCGCAUCAGCUCCUAUCUCAGUUCCCCACCCCUGCUUGCAGUACCUUUGUUUCUACAUUGCUUUACCACACACAAAGGAUUUCUUCAAUAAAAAACCAUUUUAACUCAUAUCUAAAGCUACUCUUUAAAACAGAGCGAAGUCCAAAAGCUUUAAUAAACGUGUAUCCUCCUCAAACUGCUCACUCCUGUUCCCCUAUCUGCUUACCCCCAGCCUGGUACCAUCCGUAUUUGUUCCUUUUUAGCCAGAAAAGUGAAAAAAAAAAAAUGUUGAGUUCAAAGUGUGGGGGUUUGUGUGAGAGGAAGGGAAAUCUCUUGUAGGCAGUGAAGUUGGAACUUGUUUACAUUCUGCAGCAACGCUCCCAGUUAAUCAAAGAGCAGUGAGUAAAGCCAGCUCAGUUUUAGAUGGAUACUUGCAUCAGUUUAUAAAAUAGCUUCUCAUUUUAUUUGCAGUCAGCCAAGAAAUAAACCAUGACUGUUCAGGUAGUCUGACGUUACUGCACAUAACACACAGAUUUUUCAGGAUGUUUUCUUGUUCCUCAAGACAAGGAUAAAGUUUGUGAUAACGCUGUUCAGGUUUUUUUGUUUUUAAACGAGUUUUUUGAAGCUCUGCUUUAUUCUUUGAGCCAUCAAUAGUGCCUUGAAUAAAGGAAAUGAAAUGCUUCUAGUUGUGGGUGGAUAAACAAGACAGCACUUAUUCUCAAGUACCAGUAGCUCCAGUGCAAGUAGGGAACAGCAACUUUUCAAUUAUCCAUGGGAGAGAAUGUGGAUUGCUUUUUUUUUGGUGAAAAAUGAUUAGGGAAUAAUUCCAAAUUAUUUUGCAAUUAAUAGUUAACCUUUAACAUUAAACACUUCAGAAGCCACUAAAGAACACAUAAAUAGAGAUGUUACUUUAUAAUAUCCUUCAGUAAUUUAUCAUUCUUUGACAAGGGCUUGAAAAGGGUCCAGAAUGCAAGUACAAAUCACCAUCGUGCUCUUUUGUAAGGGACUUCUUAAAAAAGAAAGCUGUGGCUCCAAGUAAAGUGUGCAGUUUCUCAUUUACUUUGUCAUUUAGAUACAGCUGGCAGGUUACUGCGUUCUUCCAGUCAGGGACUUUUUUUUUUUUUAAUGUUUAUUUUUCAUUUCUCUUCCUCCUGCACCUACCCACCUGUAACAACAAAUUCAGCACAGCCUUUGCUUUGUCCUCGAGAGAUUGCAUUUCUAACUUUCUAACUGCAUCUCUGUUUCUACAAGGCUAGUUAUGGAACAACUUCCAGUUGGGAUCUGCUACUUCAAAAAUCAGAGCAUGGUCUAAUCACAUAUUAAACACGAACUUGGAAAAUAUUGUUUGGUUUAAAAUGCUGAGAUUUUUGUUAAUGUAUUCCAGAUCACGAGGUCACUAUUUGCUAUGCAAGGUAGGUAAGAAAAUUUGCAUUAAAGAAGAGCUGUUGCAAUCUGUAUUCAAGUUUCAAAAGUAACUAAAAUUACAUGUUUAAUUCCCACAAUCACUGACCUUCACGUACACUUUGUAAGACUUUUGCUCUUAAUGCAGACUUCAGCCCUCAUGUUCAAGUCAAUUCAACUUUUAAGCCUUACUUCA